AUUGGAACAUUUACACAGUGGGCAACGGCCCAGGGUGGCAUCUUGUGUGGGGCAGCAACUCAGACUAAAGUAAAAAUUCUCCCUAGAAGAGUCUUAGUUCUCUGGACCCAGUCUCUGGUUCUGAUCAGGUUCUGGUCCAGUCUGGUAACUGAUAACAGUGAUGAUGAUGAUGAUGAUGAUGAAGCCGUUGUGUCUCCAGGCUGUAAGGAGUGCUGCGAGCGAUGCGUCGGCAGUCUGCCCUGGGCGUCGCUCAUCGCCACCAUCUUGCUCUACAUGGGCGUGGCCUUGUUUUGUGGGUGUGGCCACGAGGCUCUGAGCGGCACCGUCACCAUCCUGCAGAACUACUUCGAGGUGAUCCGAGCUCCCGGAGACGUGCUGGACGUCUUCACCAUCAUCGACAUCCUGAAGUACAUCAUCUACGGCCUCGCCGCCGGCUUCUUCGUGUUCGGAGUGCUGCUGCUGGUGGAGGGCUUCUUCACCACCGGCGCCAUCAGGGAUCUCUACGGAGAGUUCAAGAUCACCGCCUGCGGACGCUGCCUGACUGCUUUCCUCAUGGUUCUGGCCUACCUCUUCUUCCUGGUGUGGCUCGGCGUCACGGCGUUCACCAGCCUCCCGGUCUUCAUGUACUACAACGUCUGGUCCAUGUGUAAGAACGCCACCUCAGUGGAGGGAGCCAACCUCUGCUUGGACCUGCGCCAGUUCGGAGCGGUGACUAUCUCAGAGGAGAGGAAGGUGUGCAUGGGCUCUGAGAAGUUCCUCAACAUGUGCGAUUCCAACGAGCUGGACCUGACCUUCCAUCUGUUCGUGUGUGCGCUGGCGGGAGCCGGAGCCGCCGUCAUCGCCAUGGUCCACUUCCUGAUGGCGCUGGCCGCUAACUGGGGCUACCUGAAGGACGCCAGCCGGAUGCAGAAGUACGAAGACAUAAAGUCGAAGGAGGAGCAGGAGCUGCAUGACAUCCACUCCACACGCUCCAAAGAACGCCUCAAUGCCUACACAUAAACCCAGAGCCGCCAGAAACAACACACACUUACCUGUCAGACACACACAUACUCAUACACACACACACACACACAGCGGCUGAUACAAGCCUGAGGACAGCAUAAGAAAAACACAGAAAGAAAAGAUGAAAACUCCGACACCAUCAUCAUCCUCGUGUCUGCAGAUCAUUGGCUCUGGUGCUUGUUUGUCCUGAGCAACAACCUUUAACCUUUGACCUUGAACAAAUAAAAUCAGCUGGACCUUCUAAAGGUCCCAACGCUUAGCGGCCUGAACAGCAGAACAAAUUCUUACAGCACAAGAUUUACAGAAACCAGCGAAACAAACCAGAACCUGCGACCCAAAGAGCCGGAGCACAAAGUUUGUGCUGAAGCCGAGGAUCCUGGCAGACACGGGGACGAGUCUGGUGUCUACCAGCUCAUCAGUAAAUAAGAGCCCCUUCCUUUAACCUGCAGCACCCACACCCACACACACACACACACACACACAGACAUGUAGAUGUGACUGAAUGGUCGGUGUUGUGCAGGCAGUGUCGUUCGGUGGUGUCAUGCUGUGUCGUGUCCUCUCACCACACUAUGAUGGCGGUGUUGCAGAGAAAAAGGUCCCUGAGUAAAUUUGUGCCUCCUGGGUGCAGAUGGGUCGCUUUGCCAACUCCCCCUCCCCAACCUGUUGCCCCCACCGUCCGGUUCCCCUGAAGUCCAGUUUCACUGGUUGCUCCUUAAUUUCUUGAACUUUCUAAUCGAAAACCAGCAAAAUGACGACGAUAAAGUCCCAGAUCUAAAAUUGUUGCUUCAUUUAGUGAAACUAUUGAGCAAACGGCAAAAAAAAAAAAAAAA